GGACUGGGCAGCCCAAGGUCUAUCUGUAUUACUAAAGACUGGGGCAAAAAAAGCAUUGAAGGAAACACGGCAUUACAUGACUGUGCGGAAUCUGGCAGUCUGGAGAUCAUGAAGAUGCUUCUCGAGUAUUGUGCUAAAAUGGAAAAGGAUGGUUAUGGAAUGACUCCCCUUCUGUCAGCUAGUGUGACAGGCCACACAAAUAUCGUGGACUUUCUGACCCAGCAUGCACAGACCAGUAAGGCUGAGCGCAUAAAUGCCUUGGAACUUCUAGGAGCAACAUUUGUGGACAAGAAGAGAGAUCUGCUUGGUGCUUUGAAAUACUGGAAGCGAGCUAUGGAAAUGAGAUACAGCGAUAGGACUAAUAUCUUGAGCAAACCUGUGCCACAAACACUAAUUAUGGCAUAUGAUUAUGCUAAAGAGGUAAACAGCUCAGAAGAGCUAGAAAAUCUUAUUGCAGACCCUGAUGAAAUGAGAAUGCAAGCACUAUUAAUUAGAGAACGCAUUCUUGGCCCUUCUCACCCAGAUACGUCCUACUAUAUUAGAUACAGAGGUGCUGUCUAUGCUGACUCUGGAAACUUCAAGCGUUGCAUCAACUUAUGGAAAUAUGCUUUGGACAUGCAGCAGAGCAAUCUUGAUCCACUGAGUCCUAUGACAGCCAGCAGUUUACUAUCAUUUGCUGAACUGUUCUCCUUCAUGCUGCAGGAUAGGGCAAAAGGCCUGCUAGGCACUACUGUCACAUUUGAUGAUCUCAUGGGUAUACUGUGCAAAAGUGUUCUUGAAAUAGAACGGGCCAUGAAGCAAACCCAGUGUCCUCCUGAGCCAAUACAGCUCAACAAAGCCCUUUCUAUCAUUUUGCAUUUAAUUUGCUUGUUGGAGAAAGUACCUUGCAGCUCAGAACAGGAGCAUUUUAAGAAAGAGACUAUUUACAAGUUUCUUAAGCUUCAGCCUAGAGGGAAGAAUAACUUCAGUCCACUUCACCUUGCUGUUGACAAUAAUACUACGUGUGUGGGUCGCUACCCAGUUUGUAAAUUCCCAUCUCUACAAGUUACUGCUAUCCUGGUGGAAUGUGGUGCUGAUGUAAAUGUCAGAGACUGUGAUAACAACAGUCCAUUACACAUUGCUGCACUGAACAACCAUCCAGACAUCAUGAAUCUUCUUAUCAAGUCAGGUUCACACUUUGAUGCCACAAACUCACAUAAACAAACUGCUAGUGAUUUGCUGGAUGAGAAAGAAAUGGCAAAAAAUUUAAUCCAGCCCAUAAAUCAUACUACGUUGCAGUGUCUUGCUGCUCGUGUAAUAGUGGAUCAUAACAUAUACUACAUAGGGCACAUCCCUGAAAAACUAGAGAACUUUGUUUUACUCCAUAGAUAAUAGUGUGGAGUCCUGGAGUGCGGUUUUUGAAGCACGACUUGGUGAUGAUAUUUUCCUCGGGCACUGUUGUGAUUCACCAGCGUUCCUUUAGCUUACUCCAUCUUGCUGUCAUUGGCUAAAGUGUUGUUAGCAUCAGAUGUGCAGAGUGGGUUACAUAGUAUUUAAUAUGAAUAUGCCAUAUAAUAUAUUUUGUGGAUUAUUUAGAAAUUUAAUGCCAUAUUUAGACUUCUAAAAUUGUCUGCCAAAGGCUUGUCUAUUCUGGUUUUAUUUGCCUGUUGGGUGUUUGGGACUGAGUUGAGUAUUUUCCACUGAUGUCUUUUUACUAUAACUGUUAUGUGGAUUUUAUACUGUUGGAAAGUCAUCUUUUUUUGGUUUUGCUUGAGCAUUUCUACUCUUACUAUAUUCUUUUUCUAUGGACUCAUUGCGAAACUGUACAAGUUGUAUGGACUUGUUAACAUUUGCAACUACCAUAAGUGCUUUUAUCUUCUCUAUGCACUGGCUUAAACAUGACUGUUGUGUGUGAGCAUAUUUCUAUGCAGCACUUGUCCAAUUUCAACUUAAAUGCCAAUUUUGUUUUGCAGUUUGUUUGGAGCUCUUUCAAGAAUGCCGUCGUCUUAGCAUGAUGACUUGGAGUUACUUAUCAGCUCUCCAAACCUGGGUUUGACUUUUUUGACUGCUGCAACGGAGGUUGCUUCUGUUUUGAUUCUCUGGAAAUCUGUCCUAAAUUUGGGAGAAGAAAAUCUCCCUUUUUCUGAUCGUAGUCUGGUUGAACUUUAAAUCUGAAAGUCAUUUUAUUGCAUCGUGCAGUUAGGGGAAGAGUCCUUCUGUACAACUGACACCUUCCCCUUCACACUAUUGUCUUGCUUGUGCUGGUUAUGUGACUAGAUGUGAAGUUUGCUCAAAUUUUAACCUCAAACGUAAUGAUACACUUUAAUGAGAACUGGAUCAAAUGUAUACUGUAGUUUAAAAUUUACAAAUCAACUUUAGCUACAAAAGAAACUAAAGCAUGUUGGUGGCAUGAUGCUUAUCAGUCCAGAUCUAGACAUCAUCUAAUAUAGUAAGUGGCUGUAUGCCAGGAUAUUGGAAGUUCUAUUAGCAGUGUCCUUUUUUCUUCAUUUUAAAUAUCUUUAUAAAUACUUGCAUGGAUUUUUCAUCUCUACUAUGUCAGCUGUACUUAAGAAAAAGCCGAAGUUCUGUUGUGUAUAUAGCUCCUAAUUAAAGUACCUAUUUUUAUAAU